AUGGAUCGUGCUCGCAGCAUAAAACCCACAGGAUGUCCAAUCGGGUUGAUCAGCGUGGAACAGGGUGUCACCCAUCCACUUGAAUGUUCCCCCCAGUCGCGCCUCCGCCCACCACUGCACUUUGCGCACGAUUUCGGCAGGGACUAUGAAGCCUUGGUGAUACAAGCUAUCACCUGCAGGUCUGUAUUCUCUUUACAGCACACUUGCAUUGCGAUAAAAUGCUUCUCUUUUGCCAAAAACACCGGAAAGACCAAGCGGCGGUUUUCCGAACGUAGUGUCUGCUCCAGCUUAUUGAGGAACCGCGGCGAUGGUGAUGAAGAGUAAUAGGUCCGGUUCUUGGCCUUUUCGAGCUCAUUCCAAAACUCGAGGCCCACGACGGUAACUUGCGCAUCAACGUUCUCAGUUGACACUUUUUUGGCGACCCAAUGGGCCAUCAUGUCGACAAUAGCUGUACUGACCAUUCUAUUG